CCUACCAUCGACCCGUUGUGAAGUUAUAAAAGCCGCUGCAGCGCCGCAACGGUUAUAGUUUGUGUGGAGAAGCCCCAUUACUCGGCCUGUCCAUCAACACUUUGUGAUUUCAACCUAUUUUUUGUGUGCAGUAUUAUAACUUAUUACUCAAAAUGCGUGAGUGUAUCUCUAUCCACGUCGGCCAAGCUGGAGUCCAGAUUGGAAAUGCCUGCUGGGAGCUCUACUGCCUUGAGCACGGCAUCCAGCCUGACGGUCAGAUGCCAUCCGACAAGACCAUCGGUGGCGGAGACGACAGCUUUAACACCUUCUUCAGCGAAACCGGCGCUGGCAAACAUGUUCCUAGGGCAGUUUUUGUUGACUUGGAGCCGACAGUAGUAGACGAGGUGCGAACUGGUACAUACAGACAACUCUUCCACCCUGAACAACUCAUCACUGGAAAGGAAGACGCUGCCAAUAACUAUGCUAGAGGCCACUACACCAUUGGAAAGGAAAUCGUUGACUUGGUUCUGGACAGGAUUAGGAAGUUGGCUGACCAAUGUACUGGACUUCAGGGAUUCCUCAUCUUCCACUCCUUCGGUGGUGGCACUGGCUCUGGCUUCACCUCUCUGCUCAUGGAAAGACUGUCUGUCGACUACGGAAAGAAGAGCAAGCUCGAGUUCGCCAUCUACCCUGCCCCUCAGGUAUCCACCGCUGUUGUUGAGCCCUACAACUCCAUCCUGACCACUCACACGACUCUGGAACACUCUGACUGCGCCUUCAUGGUUGACAACGAAGCUAUCUAUGACAUCUGCCGCCGUAACUUGGACAUUGAGCGCCCGACCUACACCAACCUCAACCGACUCAUCGGCCAAAUCGUCUCCUCCAUCACUGCUUCCCUCAGGUUCGACGGAGCCCUCAACGUCGAUCUGACUGAGUUCCAAACCAACUUGGUGCCUUACCCUCGUAUCCAUUUCCCUCUGGUCACUUACGCUCCGGUCAUUUCCGCUGAGAAGGCUUACCAUGAACAACUCUCUGUAGCCGAGAUCACCAACGCCUGCUUCGAGCCCGCUAACCAGAUGGUGAAGUGCGACCCCCGUCACGGCAAGUACAUGGCGUGUUGUAUGUUGUACCGAGGAGACGUUGUGCCCAAGGACGUCAACGCAGCCAUCGCCACCAUCAAGACCAAGAGGACCAUCCAGUUUGUGGACUGGUGUCCCACAGGGUUCAAGGUUGGUAUCAACUACCAGCCUCCCACCGUUGUGCCCGGCGGUGACUUGGCCAAGGUGCAGAGAGCCGUCUGCAUGUUGUCCAACACCACGGCUAUCGCCGAGGCCUGGGCUCGUCUGGACCACAAGUUCGACCUGAUGUACGCCAAACGCGCCUUCGUCCACUGGUACGUCGGUGAGGGUAUGGAGGAGGGAGAGUUCAGCGAGGCCCGUGAGGACUUGGCUGCCCUUGAGAAGGACUACGAGGAAGUUGGCAUGGACUCAGUCGAGGGAGAAGGCGAGGGUGCUGAGGAGUACUAAGCUCUCCACACGCUGUCGAUGCUGCUCCUCCGUUAAGUUAUAUUCUGCCCAUUUAGUCAUAUUUUUUCUACUUUUUUUAUACAUUUUUUUACCAAAGUAAUUAUUUCCUAUAUGCAAUAUUUAUUAAAUUGUUUUGAGCAGCA